UGAGACAAUUCUGUUUUGUUUCUGAUUUGCCUUAGAGAAGACAUGAAAUGAACGUGACAGAGGAAGAAAAAAUAACUCCCUUUGGUUCAUUUAUAGAAAAUGAAUCAAUGGAUAGUACUGGCUUUCCAAGAUUUCUCCACCUAGGGAUUUUAGGAUUUCUAAAAUAAGAUUAAUCCCAGUUAUCUAACAGCCAUCUUUUCAAUCUUCAACAUCUAUCCGACAUUUAACAGAUAGUAAAUAGUUAACAGAUAAUUCUGAAGCUGAUCGCUGUUUAAUUGCACUUCCUGCUUUGUAUUAAUUGGUUGAUGCCCUUUGUCUAAUGGAAUUUACAUGCAUGCUUACUGUAAAAGUAUCCACUCAGGCACAUUUUAGGAGAAUUACGGUAGCAACUGGGUCUCCUAGGAGUUUUUUUUAAAAGCGUUCCACCAACAGAAACUAGCCGGGGUUCUUAUUGACAGUUUUGGCUUGCUGUUGCUUGGAGUCGAAUUAGAGUAGUUAGGCAAGGGGAGAUUAAGGGGCUGGUUGCAUUUUACCAGUUGCUCCACCUAUUCACUUCCUUCGUGAAUCAGAGAUUGCUGUCAUGAAGACACCUUCAGUUGCGGAGGAUGAGGCAACCCAUGAAUAUAAAUUAAAGUAUGCCCCAGACUUAAGAUGUGAGAAGCAAACAGACUUGGUUCCGGUUUGCUACCGCUGCAAAUCCUGCAUCUUGUCCUGGAAGAUUUUUUCCACCCGAGAGUGGUUUGUUCGGGCCAGCCAAGCAACUCAGAGGACGUUCGUGAUGGGGAUCAUCAACCGGUUCGAAAGCUACGAUCUCCUGAAAUACUCAUGGAACCUCCUACAGGCUAUCGAUGCCAAGGAUUUUAACUAUUCCCGUUCCAGCGUCAGCUCCACCUUCAGAGCCUCUUCUGCUCUGGAUCGGGCAAUGGAUCCACAGAAACUGGCGCAAUCCAUGGCGGAUCUUUGGAGAUGGUUCGCAGGCACCUGCUUUUGGACCAAAGCAAACUACAUACUUCUCUUGCUGCAAAUGUGCGACUCAAAGUUGUUGCUGAUGGCUGCUACUCUGAUCCGUAUCCUCAUAGGUGAACACGAGAAUGCCAUGCCUGAAAACGUGGAAAAAGAAGAAUAUGAAAAGCGGAGCAAAUCUGACAUGCGUCCUCUUCUCCCCAUGAGAUCUACACUUUCCCAAGUGGGUGAAACCCAGUUUCUUUCAAAAGCAAGCAGCGUGUUUGGUAAUAUCCAUGUACAAAAGAUUUGGUCCAAACAAUCAGAUAAUAUCUUCAAAAAAGCACUGAGUGAGCUGGAAAGUGAUACUAACUAUUUUGCAGUACUGACUUUGCACGCAACCACUCCACCUGCUUCUCCUCAGCUGUCCCCCAACAAAUCCAAAGAUUUCAUCCGGUAUCUGCCUGUCCACUUAUCAAAAUCCAUUUUGAGAAUGUUAGACAUGAAAACCUUAUCACGAUGUGCCUCUGUAAGUCCGCACUGGAACUUUUUGGUCAAACAAGUUAAAUGUGAUGUAGUAGCAAAUUAUGUUCUCCGAAGUCAGAUUUCAUUUUUUCAGGGCUUAUGUCCUAAAGGAGCAAUUUCCACCUAUGCCAAAAUAGUAAAGGUUGCUAUUCCUCGCAUAACAGCAAAUGGUGAUAUAGUUCUAACCAAAACUAAGAAGCAAUUCAAGGAUUAUGAUCAGCAACAAAUUACAAGUCAAAGUGAAGAAAUUGAAUACAUGCAGAAAGCAUAUCAUGGCCAGGAGACAGACACUAUCAAAUUAGAAGAAAGAAAUGUCUUCUGCAGUGGCUACAAUGUUCGUAUUCUAAUAAACAGUCUGGAUUCCAAUCGAGUGAUUCACAGCACUGCUGGAAGGCUAUUGGCCUUUGGUUCUUUAGAUCGAAAAGUCCACUUUCUAGAUAUAGAGAAGAUUAAGAAUGUCCCUCCUGUCUUCACUGGGCAUGCUGGUAGUAUCAGAGCCUUGUAUCUCCAUGAAGAGAGAGGAUUCCUCCUGAGUGGCAGCUAUGAUCUCAGUAUCAGAAUGUGGAACAUCAGAAAAGGAACCUGUAUGAAGAUUUUUCUGGGGCAUAAAGGGAAUAUCACUUGCUUGGAUGUGUGCAAGUUCAGAUUUGUGUCUGCAUCCAAAGACUGCACAGCAAAAUUGUGGGACAUGAGAACUGCGCGAUGUAUUAAAACUUUCAAUCACAAAGCUCAUGUUUGGGCUGCUAAAAUGAAUGAGGUUUAUAUUGUGAGUUCCUGUGACAAGGGCCUCGUGAAAGUUUGGCAUGCUGAGUCAUAUAUACUAAUCAAGGUUUUAGAAGGUCAUCGAGGUGCUGUAAAAUGUUUGUCAUUUGAUGAGUGGCAUCUUGUGACAGGAAGCAGUGAUGGAUAUAUUUUGGCAUGGAGCAUGGUGGGAAAACACAAGCGAUGUCUAAUGGCUUUCCGACAUCCCAA